ACCUUUAUUUUCUGGAACAGGUUCUCUAAAGCAGUUUGUUGGCCCUGAAAUCACAAAGAAUCAGUUUUGCGCUUCGAACUUCAGUUAUCUACCGGGGCAGAGGUUACAAAUUGAAAAAUUGUGAAUUUAUACUUGUCAUUACAGACUUCCAGAAUGGUCUCUCAGGAAGGUCAAAUUCCCAGGUAUUUUGGGGGUGACAGAUCAAAAUCUCGGUAUGAAUUGGGACUCACAGCGCCAGAGGACGUCAGUGACUUGGUGGACGCGACGAAGGGAAGAUGAUAGCGGUUGCAGUCGUGCUCUUUAUGCUGACGAUCGGCAUCACGCUUGGCCAGGAGUCACAGUCCAGUCAGCCAGACUCGACAUUGCCCCCCAUCGGCCCUCUCGAGGUGAGAACAAUUCUCCUACAGGAAGAUGGAGUCCCCACGGCCUCUAGCUUCGCCCGACUCAACACAUCCUUCCCGGAGCUCUUCUCCUUCACCGUCUGCUACAGGAUAUACCUCCUGCGUUUCCGCGAGGAGUCGACGCUCAUGUCGUACGCGGUCUCGGAAAACAAGGACAAUGAACUAAGAAUGGAUCACCGACUGACGGGAUAUAAAGUGUCGCUGCACAGUCGGUGGGCGAAAACCGUACUGGAAACGCCCUUGAACCAGUGGGCCCAUUUCUGCAUUUCUUUCCACCAUCCAACAGGCGAGUGGAAGAUCUACCUCGACGGAGAAAUGACGGACAAGGGGGCGUUCCCUAUGACGUCGGAAUCACUUGUGGGAAGCGGCGCGUAUAUCAUCGGUCAGGAGCAGGAUUCCUUCGGGGGAGGGUUUCAACGCGACCAGAGCUUCAGCGGCGAAAUCACGCAGCUCAACUUCUGGUCUCGUGUUCUUGACGAGGGCACCAUCAGGAAGUUUGCCUCGUGCGCGGAGGAGGAGGCGGGCGACGCCCUUGCCUGGGACUCGCAGGUCUGGGACGUCUACGGCAAGGUCAGGUGGAUGGUCAGGCAGAAGGACGACAUCUGCCAGCAACAGAAGAGGUCCUUUACCAUCUUCCCCGAUCGAUUCUCUCUCAGCGAAGCCUUACACUUGUGUCAGGUGGUUGGUGGGAUCAUCGCCGUGCCCCAGACGGACGAGGAGAACGCCUGGCUGUACAACGAGUCCAAGAUCCACGACGCCUACUGUUCGGGCGGACAGUCCUCUUACUUAUGGCUGGGCGCGAACGACGAGAAGGUAGAGAGGCAGUGGGUUUACUGGGGCACCGGGGAACCCAUCCCCUGGGAGAGCAAGUGGCGGGGGGACGGCCCCAACGGAGGGACGGUGGAGAACUGCCUCGUCUUGCUCUCCGGUACCUUUCCCGGACGCUGGUCGGACAUCGCCUGUCUGGACACCUACUCCUUCUGCGUCCCCUGCGAGUUCGAGACGAGGACGUCGAUAUAUCUGAAGGGCCCUGCCAUGUGCGAGGGAUCUCCGUUCAACCUGCAGUACAUGCUCGGGGACUCCGUGGGAGGGCGGCCGGCUUUAGUGGGAUUCCUUCACACUGACAUCUUUUGGGACCAAGAACGGGGGUCUUGGGUCAUGCGUUCCCUCAAGGACUCCGACGCCGUGGCCACGUGGACCCCGAUCCAGGAGGGCAUGUAUCCCUUCGGCAAUCAGGAGUGGCAUCUGGAGACCGAGGUGUGCGGGAUCCCGAGCGGCGGAACCGUCAACCUCACCCUCUCGGUGUGCGGCGCGGGGAUGUUCACGUGCAACGACGGGAGGUGCAUCAGCCUCAAGCAGCGGUGCGACCUGCGAGUGGACUGCGCGGACCAGAGCGACGAGUCUCGGUGCUCGAUCGUGGACCUUCCCGAGGGCUACCACAUCGCCAUCCCGCCUCCAGCCGCGGCGGGGAACCAAACCCUGCCCAUCUUCUUCACCGUCAACAUCAUCGCCUUCCCGACCAUCGUGACGCAAGACCUCACCUUCGUCGCGUCCAUGCAGCUGAAACUCCGAUGGCAGGACACGAGGCUCAACUUCCUCAACCUGCACGAUGACCGGACGCUGAACCUGCUCUCCGAAGAGGCCGUGGCGAGUGUCUGGACGCCCCGGGUGUUCUUCAGGAACGCCCGUGGCAAUAUUUUCACCAAUCUGGAACGAGGGUCGCGCGUCGAAGGCAUCCGCCAGGGAGAGGCCAGACCCGGUCCCCCCAGCAGGCCCGAGGAAGUGAACAUCUAUCCUGGGUAUGAAAGCAGUCUGGAGAUGAGUCAGUUAUACAGCGUAACUUACUCCUGUGACUUCGAACUGCUCAUGUUCCCAUUUGAUGCUCAGCUGUGCCGUCUUCACUUCGAGUUGGUGUCGGCUUCCUCGUCUUACAUGACCCUCAUCCCGUCAGGGGCCAACUACACGGGUCAAAAUGAUCUCAUUGAGUAUACCAUAGGGAAAGUGUCUAUCAAAAUGGAUGAAGAAGGCGAGUUCUCGUCAGUAAGUGUGUAUGUGAGGUUUCAGCGUCGCUAUGUCUUCUACCUACUCACUCUCUAUAUACCGUCAACAUUACUUAUAAUCAUUGCCUAUGCAACCUUCUUCUUCAAUCCCCAAGACUUCAAUUCCCGCAUUGUAGUGGCUCUCACAUCACUGCUAGUGCUGUCAUCUCUUUACACACAGACUUCCAAUUCCCUGCCAAAGACGUCUUACUUCAAGCUAGUGGACAUAUGGCUAUUCUUCUCCAUAGUGAUGAUCUUUAUUGUCGUACUGCUUCAGACAUUAAUUGACUUCUCUGCUACAUUUACAAGAAAGAACUUCUUGAGAGUUUGCUGCACUGGAUCUUCAGAAACGGAUAAAUCCCAAAAUAGUGCAAGAAAUAACAUUACCAAGAUUGUAGUAUCAAAUAACAUGAGCAAUGAUGAACAGCACUCCAGAGCAAUCAGUAACGGGUGGAUACAGGACGAGUCGGCUUUGCCACUGAGAUACAGAACUCCAAAUGUUUAUCCCGUCAAUAUACCCCUUAUGAUCAAGAGUAGAUUCCUGAUACCAUUCAUAUUUUCCGUAUUUAACAUGGCUUAUUGGGGUUCAGCACUCACAUACCUGCACAGUAUUGAAGACUAAAGAACUCCCCAAAAAGACAUGGAGCUCCAACUGCAGUGUAUAACUACAGCAUAAAUAUAUAGUGUUUGCACUUUGUGUAUAUUUAGCUUCAUUUGCAUUUCAGGUUUGCUUAAGACAACCAUAAGUAUAUUAAAUAACACAAACUGAUAUAAAUUAGUACUUACCUAGUAGAUAAAUUUACUUGCAAAUUCUGUGUUUACUCUCAAUG